UUCAGAAGAGAACUUUUGUCGAUAUGUAUUUAUUUGCCAGUAUUGUAUGAAAAAGGAUUUAAUUGUGUCGCCGUGAUUUAAAACAAAAAACUAAUAUAUCUGUUGUGAAGUACAUGUAUUUAUAUUCUGUUCAUUAAAUCAAAAUAUGUUAAGCUUUUAUAAUACGGAAUAAAACACCUAUACUGAACAAUUUAGCUAGCCGCUGUUUACAUUUGAAUCUAUAUUUUCAUUGUUUGAGAGUGACCCAAUAUUGAAAGACCAUAUUGAUUAUUCUCUGAUUUACUAAACGGUUAUGGCUAACAUACGUUACUUUUAAACAAUAUAAAGUGAAUAAAAUGAAAGAAACCACAAAUAAAGAUAGGGUACAAGAGGAAACAAAGGUUCUUAAACCCGAGGGUAAGACAGAACAGCCACAAGAUGUAUCAACAGAUGAUUUCAGAGAUCUAGACCGAGGUUGGGCCUGGGUGAUUCUCUUUGCAUCAUUCGGAACUUUUUGUUUAUUAGGAGGUUCUGUUUAUUCUGUUGGAAUUAUUCAGUCGGUGCUUCUUCAAAGAUAUAAAGAAAGUGUGUCAUUGACGUCGUGGCCAGGGGCUUUGAACACUGCGUUGAUGUCGCUUGGAGGUCCAUUAUCAAGCGCUGUGGUGGAUCGCUUCAGUUGCAGGACAGCCAUCAUUUCUUCCGGGGUAUUCCUGACAACUGCAUACCUCACUACAGCCUUCGCAACCAACAUCUAUGUUACUAUAUUUACCUACGGUUUCAUCGGAGGAAUUGGUGGUGCACUCGGAUAUACUGCUGCUUUGGUUGUGAUCGGUUUGAAUUUCAGGAAACGCCGACAUUUAGCAGUCGGUAUAGCUGUAUCCGGUGUAGGGGCUGGAUUGUUCGUGCUCGCACCGGUAAUGCAAUUGUCACGUGAUUACUACGGGCCCUCGGGAUUUUUCAUCAUUGUGGCAGCAAUGAUGGCGAAUAUAAUCGUAUUCGGUGUCAUGUGCUUUCCGAGUGGGCUAGAAAUUGCGACACAAAAACAACGAAGACAUGAAGUAUACAAAUCUAAUAGGGAAAAUAAUCUAAUACAGGCUUUAAAAUGUUACUUAAGAGCUCUAACAAAAGUUGCCGUAAUAUUGCUAUGCUUGUGUAUGUUCCUUUAUUGCCUAGGAAUUCUGUUGUUAUAUCAACACUUACCAAACUUUAUAGUCGUUAAAGGUUUCACUGCCGUACAAGCGGCAUUCUUGGUUUCACUUUCUGGAUUACUAACGGUGUUUGGCCGGGUACUGUCUGGCAUCAUAACGAACUUGAAUCGCAUAAACUGCAUUGUUUUAUACGCUGGCUCAAUGGCUGUUGUUUCAAUAGCUUCCAUUUUGUAUCCAUUCAUAUCAAACCAUUUCGUUGCUCAUGUGAUAUAUAUGGUGGUGCUAGGUUUAUUCUUUGGAUGCCCAUAUGUAACUUUAAUGGCUGUAAGCUUGAAAUUUGUUGGAAUUAACUACAUAUCGGCGGCUAUAGGGCUUCAGUAUUGUGCUGGCGGAGUAGGAUCAUUUAUCGGACCAGUUCUUGCAGGUUUUCUUAUAGACAGCGGAGGGUCGUACGAAUUGUCCAUUCUUAUAGCUGCAUGUUGCAUAGCUUCAGCGUCUAUCAUCAGUGCUGCAACCGAAUGCUUCAAGCCAAAAGAUAAUGAACACACGUUAGAUACUGAAUUUGAAGUGUGUCAGAAGAUACAGUCACCCAAAGAAACAACAGUUCAUUGCAAAAUGCUAAAUGAAUGAAUUAUUUCCGUUUUCUUUAAUUUUUAAACUUUUAAUUAAUUCAGCAUAUACACUACACUACACUACACUACACUACACUAUACCAUACCAUACCAUACCAUACCAUACCAUACCAUUCCUUACCUUACCUUACCUUACCUUACCUUACCUUACCAUACCAUACCAUACCAUACCAUACCAUACCAUACUUAUAAUUGUGUACUUUAGUCAAUGCCUUAUUCUAUGUUCUUAUUAUGUAUGUAAAUGCACUACAUGUAUAUCAUUUUGCAAGAAUUCUAUCUACCUCAUCAAAAAUAUAUAUGCAUACCGAAGAAUAUUCCUCCGGCCACUAAUCGAUAGCGGUCAGAUUUUCUGUAUAGAAAUAAGGGCAUGUACACAUUUUACUUAAUAACAAGUAAAAAACAAGAAACCUUAGGUGCAAAAAUAUUACCAAAGUUCAACAUUUGAUUCAUCACAAGGUUUUUUUAAAUUAAAUUUUAUCUUAAUUUUUUAUUCGUUCUUCACAUGAAGUUUAAUGCCAUCAUUUCGUCAUUUUUCCCCUUCUUUUUUCCCAUAUAAAAUGUGCAAAAAUCUCAUACAUGCGUUUCUUCAAAGCAUUUUUUUGUAUAAAACCAUUGAUAUGAAAGCUUAGGUGCAAGAAAUUUCCUACUCUCGUUGAAUUUAUCUUUUGAAUGAUAUUUAUUUCAUUUUUGUGAAAUAAAAAUUUGAUUCGUUCUCAGACGUUUUUUUUCUACUAAUUUGGAAGAAAAAUUAACUUCAGCGCGAAGUUGUUGUUGUAGCGUCAUAAGCAGACGAUAUUAUUAUGCCGCGUGAACAUGCGGUAUCGUGAUCAAAAGGUUAAAGUAAUGAUUUAAUCAUUUAAUGUAAUUUUACUUCGCGAGUAAUUCAUUUUGUGUUAAUAUCACAAAUUAACAAUAUAAGAAAUGCAAUUAAAUAUUGCAGUUAGACCUAAUAUUUCGGUUCUAAAAAGAAAGAGAUGCGCAUUUCUUCUUAUGUUAUUGUUCUCACCUUAUUUCAUAUGCAUUUAAAUAUCAGUGAUAAUUAUGCCAAUUAUGUCAAUUAAACAUUAAAAGAGAUAGUUUUUCUAUCGGCUCUUGGAUCACAAAUACAAACUGUCGCUAUUUUUAGCUCACCUGUCACAAACUGACAAGGUGAGCUUUUGUGAUCGCGCAGCGUAAACUUUUGCUUGUGACCACUCUAGAGGUCACAUUUUUCAUGGGAUCUUUAUGAAAGUUGAUCAGAAUGUUCAUCUUGAUGAUAUCUAGGUCAAGUUCGAAACUGGGUCACGUGCCUCAGAAACUAGGUCAGUAGGUCUAAAAAUAGUAAAACCUUGUGACCUCUCUAGAGGCCAUAUAUUUCACAAGAUCUUCAUGAAAAUUAGUCAGAACGUUCAACUUGAUGAUAUCUAUGUCAAGUUCGAAACUGGGUCACGUGCCUUCAAAAACUAGGUCAGUAGGUCUAAAAAUAGAAAAACCUUGUGACCUCUCUAGAGGCCAUACUUUUCACAAGAUCUUCAUUAAAAUUGGGCAGAAUGUUCACCUUGAUGAUAUCUAGGUCAAGUUCGAAACUGGGUCACAUGCCUUUAAAAACUAGGUCAGUAGGUUUAAAAAUAGAAAAACAUUGUGACCUCUCUAGAGGCCAUAUAAAUUCAAAAGAUCUUCAUGAAAAUUGGUCAGAACGAUCGCCUUGAUGAUAUCUAGGUCAAGUUCGAAACUGGGUCACGUGCCAUCAAAAACUAGGUCAGUAGGUCAAAUAAUAGAAAAACCUUGUGACCUCUCUAAAGGCCAUAUUUUUCAUGGGAUCUGUAUGAAAUUGGUAUGAAUGUUCAACUUGAUAAUUUCUAGGUUAGAUUCGAAACUGGGUCACGUGCGGUCAAAAACUAGGUCAAUAGGUCUAAAAAUAGAAAAACCUUGUGACCUCUCUAGAGGCCAUAUAUUUCAAGAGAUCUUCAUGAAAAUUGGUCAGAAUGUUCACCUUGAUGAUAUCUAGGUCAAGUUCGAAAGUGGGUCACGUGCCAUCAAAAACUAGGUCAGUAGGUCAGAUAAUAGGAAAACCUUGUGACCUCUCUAGAGGCCAUAUUUUUCAUGGGAUCUGUAUGAAAGUUGGUCUGAAUGUACAUCUUGAUGAUAUCUAGGUCAAGUUCGAAAGUGGGUCACGUGCUGUCAAAAACUAGGUCAGUAGGUCAAAUAAUAGAAAAACCUUGUGACCUCCCUAAAGGCCAUAUCUUUCAUGGGAUCUGUAUAAAAAAUGGUCUGAAUGUUCAUCUUGAUGAUAUCUAGGUCAAGUUCGAAACAAGUCAUGUGCGGUCAAAAACUAGGUCAGUAGGUUUAACAAUAGAAAAACCUUGUGACCUCUCUAGAGGCCAUACUUGUGAAUGGAUCUCCAUAAAGAUUGGUCAGAAUGUUCAUCUUUAUGAUAUCUAGGUCAAGUUUGAAACUGGGUUACGUGCCUUAAAAAACUAGGUCAGUAGGUCAAAUAAUAAAAAAAACCUUGCGACCUCUCUUGAGGCCAUACUUUUCAUGGGAUCUGUAUGAAAGUUAGUCUGUAUGUUCAUCUUGAUGAUAUCUAGGUCAAGUUUGAAACUGGGUCAACUGCGAUCAAAAACUAGGUCAGUGGGUCUAAAAUUAUUAAAAUCUUUUGACCUCUCUAGAGGCCAUAUUUUUCAAUGGAUCUUCAUGAAAAUUGAUCUGAGUGUUUAUCUUGAUGAUAUCUAGAUCAGUUUCGAAACUGGAUCACGUGCGGUCAAAAACUAGGCCAGUAGGUAUAAAAAUAGUAAAACCUUGUGACCUCUCUAGAGGCCAUAUUUUUCAUGAGAUCUUCAUGAAAAUUAGUGAGAAUGUUCACCUUGUUGAUAUCUAGGUAACGUUCAAAACAGGAUCACGUAACCUCGAAAACUAGGUCAAUAGGUCAAAUAAUAGAAAAACCUUGUGACCUCUCUAGAGACCAUAUUUUUCAACAGAUCUUCAUGAAAAUUGGUCAGAAUUUUUAUCCUGAUAAUAUCUAGGUCAAGUUCAAAACUGGGUCACAUGAGCUCAAAAACUAGGUCACUAUGUCAAAUAGUAGAAAAAACGAUGUCAUACUCAAAACUGGGUCAUAUGGGAAGAGGAGUCAGGACCAUCAUGGUCCUCUUGUUCUACUCAGUUACAGUACAAAAAGGUAAAAUAUAGAUUUUUUUGUAUAUAUUUUACUUAACAAAUUUUAGUAAAUAAAUUCAAGGUCCGCCUUGAUCAAAUUAAAGGUGGAAAAUAUGUCCGGAGUAUUUUUGUGUACAAGAAUGUUUUUGCAAUGUAAAUAAUAUCUGCAUUUAAAACAGAAUUGAAUUUUACUUCAGUAACUUAAUGAUAUAUUUUUGUUUUCGUGAAAAUUUUACCUGGUUUCAUGAUCUUUUCGGUUAUCAUAAAUGUCGUCGUGAUUAACUUACUUUCAUAAUUUAUUGUACAUGUUCAAUUCUAGAUAAUUUUACAUGAAACCAGUUUCUAUACUGUAAUCCUAUUGAAUGAUAGUUUAUAGAAGUAAUAAAAUGUUGUAUGCAUCACGCAUAAAUCCUUUUUAUUGGACCUGUAAUAAAACUUGCCAAUUACCUCUAAAUAAGGAACGUUAAAACAACACAGAUGUUUAUAACACUGAUAAGGCUAUAAUUGCGUUUUGAAUUACGAGUAUUUUCUUUUUGUAAUUACAAGGUAUAAUUAUCAUGCGAUUUUAAUAUUUUGCAAACAGUUUUCAUAUAUUGGUGGAAUAUGUGUAGUUAUAUUAAAAUGAGUAAUGUCUGCUUGAAUACGGCAAAAUACAUGUACCACGCUGAUUGCCACUAUCUUUUUUUUUUAAAUUUUACAAACAUACCAUAAUUUUCGAUUCAUUAAACUUCCUAUUUUGCCAAUAUGUUAAGAAUUACUGAAUUGAUAUACGUAUGAUGUUCAACUAUUUCAGAAUAAAAAAUUGAAAACCUA